AUGGCGUCUGAUCUUCCCAGUGAGAUGAAGGCCAUUAUCAUCGAGGGCCGGGGCCAGGCCGCUAUCACAACGUCGCCUCUGCCCAAGCUGAGAGAUGGCUACAUCCUAGUAAGGACUACAGCAGUUGCCAUCAAUCCUUCGGACUGGAAGCACAUCGACUUCAUGUGGGUAGGCAACCCCACAGGCGCUCGUCCCGGUCUGGAUUACGCGGGAGUUGUUGUCGAAGUAGGCAACGGCGUGGAGAAAGAUUUCAAAGUCGGCGACCGAGUAUUUGGGAUCGUCAACGGCUCCAAUGUGAGGCAGAAGGAGGAUGGUGCAUUUGCGGAGUACCUCAUCGCAAAGGCUAGUCUUCAGUUGAAGAUUCCAGACCACGUGGAUGACACAGAGGCUACCGUCAUCGGCUCUGGUCUCGUUGCUGUCGGCCAAGGACUUUACCAGUCUCUGGAGUUGCCGCUACCCACUAAGCCAUCCCCAGAGCCGAUUCCCCUCCUCAUCUACGGCGGGAGCACCGCGUCUGGCAUUAUGGGUAUUCAGUUCGCCAAAAUGUCUAAUUGCACGGUGGUCGUCACAUGCUCGCCGAAGAACUUUGACUACGUCAAGUCGGUAGGGGCGGACUUCUGCGUCGACUACAAGGCAGAAGACUGUUCCGAGCAGAUCAAGGCUUUCACCAAGGGCAGACUGAGGCAUGCCUGGGACUGCAUUGCAACGGCCCAGUCCGCACGCAUAUGCGCGGCUGCCAUGUCGGUUCGGGGAGGUCACUACAGCAGCUUGCUGUACCUAGUUCCCUCAAUUGUGAAGAAGAUCAACCCCAAGGUCAACUGCUCGACCACUCUAGGAUACACUAUCCUAGGAGAAACUAUUGAGAAGGAGACUAUCGUUGAGCCGAGGGCGGAGGACUACGAGUUUGGCAAGAUGUUCUGGGGCAUCAGCGAAAAACUGCUUGAGGAGGAUAAGUUUCGUCCGGUGAGACAGAUUGUUAACGAGGGCGGUUCAGGGCUGGAAGGCGUCUUGCAUGGGCUUCAGUACUUGAAGCAGGGGAACGUCAGCGCGGGAAAGCUGGUGUACACUAUCGGCGAGUAG